AUGCCACAGUUACUUUCAGAUUGCUGCAAUGUUAUGGAAAUACUUCCCGCUCGAACCCGGAUCCGUUCUUGUCGCCUCUCCCCGUGUUGCCGCCACCCCGAUGACCCGGUCACCGGCAUCUGCGCUUCUUGCCUUCGUGAACGACUAUCCGGCCUGGAUUCAUCUGCGGCCGCCAUUGCUGCCUCCUUCUCGCCGGAGCUCCGUCGCUGCAGGUCAAUGUCCACUUCCAAAUGCGAAGCUUCCUGUAGCAGCUUCAACGAGCAGCGGCGCAAGUCAUACGACGUUAGGUCGGAUCGGAGCUCCCUGGCUCAUCUGUUCGGUGAUGAUGACGAAAAGAAUGGAUCCAAUAGCUGCUCCAAAGUUGAAUCGAAGAAUUUGGGGCUUUCGAGAGUUACUUAUACCGUGAUCGAGGCAAGUGAAGAGAAGAGUAGUAGUGAGGAAAUUAGGGUUUCGCGUAAUACGUUGGUGGCAGCAGUCGAUAUGAAUGCUGUUGACGAUGAUGAGGAGGGAGAAUUCAAGACAAUGAAAGAAUACAUAGAUCUUGAAUUUCAGAAUAAGAAUAAUAAAUCUAAGGAUUUGAGAGGCAUUGCUGGAAGUUUAUUGGGUGCAGCUUCUGUUUUUACAAAGAAAUUGCAGAAAUGGAGACAAAAGAAUAAGAUGAAGAAGGGUAAUAAUAAUAGUAACUGUGAAACAGCCAUUAGCCAUGGUUGUAAUGAUGUGUUUUCGAACGGGGAAAAGUCGAGGGAAACUCAAUCCGAGAUUGGGGGAAGAAGAUCUUGUGACACGGAGCCAAGAUUUUCGAUUGAUGCUGGUAGGAUUUCAUUUGAUGAGCCUCGGGCUUCAUGGGAUGGCUACAUGAUUGCAAGGACCAUUCCAAGGCUUGCUCCAAUGUUUUCUGUUGUAGAGAAUGGGGUCUUGGGUAAUGGAAACAGAUUUGAGAAUCACAGGUUGUCGGUUGAUGGCCCAAUGCAUUCUAUAAUGGAGGAUGAGACUAGCUCUGGUGGAUCAGGUAACUAUAAUUCAGAUUCUUCUUCCAUGAUGCGAAGUAGAAGUAGUUUUGAUCGUUCGAGCUCUGUCAGGAGUUUUGGAAAGAAAACAAUGUGUUCAGAGGAUCAUGGAGUAUCUCCUGCGAACUUGAAGUUGGUAAUCACGGAGAGGGAAUUGAAAGAUUGGCACAUGAAUUCCAAUAGAAACGAUGCAUUGGCGAAGGUUGGAUCCAUUUCCAAAAGAACUGCUGCUAUUGAAAAUGUUGGUAACUGGAAUGUGCCAAAGAAGUCUUUCAGAUGGCUCAAAGUACGCAAUGUCUUUAGUUUCAAACCCAAGAACUGCGAAGAUAAAUCUGAAACUUUCUUUGGAAAUGUAAUUGACAGCUCAAUUGAUGACCCCAAGCAAGGGAAGGAGGCUGGUGGAGAAGCAAAAGAAGUGUCAGGUUGGAAGCUUACUCGCAGUAGUAGCGUUGUUGGUUCGAGGAAUUCAUGUGAAAUCCCGGGAUCAAGUUAUGGUCGGAGGAGUGUUGAUAACAUUGGUGUACGCCCUUACAAGGGCAGGGAAGAGUUUAUGCUGGAGAGAAACUCGAGUGCCAAAUAUUCAUCAAUGGAUCUUGACAAUGGCAUAGUGCCAUUCUAUAUGACACCAUUGAGGAGCAUAAAGGGUGGAAAAUGCAACCUGGAGAACUCAAAUUCAUUCACUGGGAAUGUUAUGCAGUUGAAUUGAACUAAAGGUUUUGUCUUCAUACAAUUCCUAGUCGAACGACAUCAAGAAUUACUGCAGAUGUCAUAGCAAAGAUUGAUAUGAAAAGCCCCACCCGCAUAUGCUGCAACUGUGUCAAACCAUUCUUAUUGCCUGAGAAUUUUCUUGCUUUCGGAACCAGGAUUUGAUCAUAGACUGGAACCCAGAAAAUGAUGCUUGAGAGUGUCGAAAAUGCCUAGGGAUGCUUGUAGGAUGUCGAAACUGCCCAGUUUUGUGUGCAUGUUCCUUGUAACAAAAACAAGUUGCCCAUUUGUCCAUACGCUGUGCUGAAAAUAAUGCCUGUAGCCCAUAUGGGUAGUAAUCUGAUAAUUGAUUUCAGUUCUUCAUCUUGUGUAACAUUGCAGUCUCCAUGGAUCUAUAGAGUACUAUUAUGAUCCCAUUGCUAUA